CGAGAAAGUGAACGGGUUAAAGCUCAACUAUUGUUUUUCGUGCAACACUUUUAAACGUCAUCCAAAGCAACAGUGAUUGUUAGUGUUUGUUUUAGUAGAUCGUUUAGGCUGGCACUAACAUAAGGGGCGUUGGAAAAUAUUAACAAAAAGCAACAAACAUUUGGCCCGGGGCUGAAAAUGAAUAACAACAUCAACGGCACCGUAGAUGGGCAUAGUACGGUAGAAUAUACGUCAUUAGAUGCAUCCGUGAAAGAGCUGAUCGAGGCGGCGAUCAAAGUCCGCAACAACGCCUAUUGUCCCUAUAGCAACUUUCCAGUGGGCGCAGCCUUGCGAACCGUUUCCGGGGAAAUCAUAACCGGAUGCAACGUGGAGAAUGGCACCUUCGGUCCCAGCGUUUGUGCCGAACGGACGGCAGUUUGCAAAGCAAUCAGUGAGGGCCAUCGUGAAUUUACAGCCGUAGCUGUUGCCGCUUUCCAAGAAUCGGAAUUUACAGCCCCAUGCGGAACCUGUCGCCAAACACUGGCCGAGUUCAGUGCCAAAGAUGUCCCAAUUUAUCUAGUCAAACCAUCUCCCGUGCGGGUGAUGGUAACAUCUCUGUUUAAGCUGUUGCCCCACGCCUUUUCGCCCACCUUUCUGACCAAGUAACGCACGCGAAUGGUUUAAAAAUAUCAUAUAGCGAGAUAUGAUAAAAAUCGGUUCCAUCACUUAAUGAGGGCGUGGCGUGUGUUCACUGGCGAUUACUAAUCUCAGGCUGUAGAGGUUUCGUCUCACCAAAGGUUUUUUUUACCAUAAAGUUUCCUUCUGCA